CGGUGAUAAGUGAUGACGUAGAGAGCGCUGAUUGGGUGGUCGGGGUGAUGUAAACAGUAAGCGCCUCUCUUCACCCCUGCACAUUGACGGUGCCAUUCCAUGAUGAAGCUGGCGGUCAGUAAGGUCACAGGCAGCGCUCGCCGCGGGGUCAUUACCAGUUUGGGUCAGACCGGUGAGAAGACACUGGAGGUCCCGGGCUGCCUGCUGUACACACGGACGGCAUCUCCUCCUCAUCUUACCCAUGAUACCCUGAAGAGCAUUGACGGCGUCCCUCCAGUGACCCACGUCACCCUGUCCACACUGGCGGAACAUCAGGAAGUCCUGGAGGAAUAUAAGGAGGGGAUCAGGAAGUUUUCUGGUUUAUCAGACACUUUACUCUAUUGCUCAAUAAAUGACCCCGUUACCCCGAGCCCCCCGGGAUACAACACCAAUAAGACCGUGUCCGUCUGGGGAUCUGGGGGGCGGUUGGAACUGACGCCCCAGAAGUUCGUCUCCUUGCAGAACGCCCUGAAGGUAGACUGGAUCCAGAGCCUGUCUGAUGGCGAGGUGAUGGCCGAGGGCGGCUCCAGGAAGAGGGCCAAGAAGUCCGUCGACCGCUCGCUGGCAUUUCUGGAUGAAUGUCUCAAGCUGAUGUCAGAGAAUGAGGAUCUUAAGCAGAAGGUUGUGAUCGGCGCCAUCGAGGGAGGAGACCUCCAGGAGGAGAGGCUGAGGUCAGCGAGAGAGACGGCCAAGAGACCCGUGAGCGGCUUCCUGCUGGACGGAUUCCAGGGGAGCAGUGCGAACCCCGAGGCCAAGCUGAACCUCAUCUCAGCGGUCACUGCAGAGUUACCAGAGGACAAGCCGCGGAUCAUCCAUGGCAUCGGGCGGCCGGAUGAGGUGAUGGACUGCAUUGAGCGCGGCGUGGAUCUGUUUGACAGCACUUUCCCGUAUGAAGUGACCGAGAGAGGCUGCGCCCUGUGCUUCACCCACCAGUACCAGCCGGACCCCGAGACUGCAGGUGAACCUCCGGACCCCGUCCUCGAUGAGGAGGAGCUGACUAAUGGGGAGGAGACUGAGGAUCCUGAGAUCGACUGCCCCAAGAUCACCUCCUAUGAGAUCUGCCUGAAGGAGAAACGGUUUCGUGAAGACUUCAGGCCGCUGCUCCGGGGCUGCACGUGUUACUGCUGCCGCCACCACAGCCGCUCCUACGUCCAUCACCUGCUGAUCUCCAAGGAGCUACUGGCCGGGAUCCUCCUCAUGAUGCAUAACUUCCAGCACUACUUCAGCUUCUUCCGAUCCGUGCGUGAGGCGAUGAGUGACGGAAAGUUCCAUGACCUGAAGGCGAUAAUCAGGAGGCAAGCGUCCUGAGAGCCGCCCCCUCGUUAUUCCGCUGAUGUACAAAUAUAAUAAAACUUAACAGGAGAUUUUGU